ACACCCUCCCUUCCUUUCCCUUCCCCCCGGGAACGCGGCCGCGGAGCGACCGUUCCGGGACCGGUUCAUAGGGUCUGGGAAUGGCUUGGGUUGGACAAGACAAGUAAAUUCCAUCUUAUCCCAUUCUAUUCCAUUCCAUUCCAACCCCGCGCCAUGGGCAGCGACCCCUCCCGCUAGACCAGGUUAUGCCAAGCCCCGUUCAACGCGGCCUUGAACAGUUCCAGAGAUGGGGCAGCCACGGACGCUCUGCAUAACCCGUGCCAGCGCCUCGCUGCCCUCACAGGGAAUUUCUUCCCAAUAUCCCGCCGGGGCAGAGGAGAGCGGGAAGAGAGCGGGACGAGGGCGGCCCCGCGCUCCAUUGGCGGGCCGUGGCCAAUGGCGCUGCCGGGGCGGGGCCGGGCCGGGCAGUGCCGGGCCGGGAUGGCGCGGACCAAGGUGGAUCAGCGUGGACGAGCCUUCCGCAAGGUGCUGGUCGCCCGCGCUCCCCGCAAGGCUCUGGGCUCCGGCUCCAGCAGCAGCAGCAGCGUCAGCGCGGGGCCGCCGCUGCCCGGCCGGAGAGGUGCCAGGCGCCCUGCGGGGCUGAACCGGGUCUGUGUGAGGCCGGUGCCCGCCUGGCAGAGGGGCAUCAGCGACUUCCUGAAGCUCCCGUCCCAGGAGAGCCGCGCACCCGACGGAGACGCGCCCGGCACCAGCGGCCUGGAAGCUCGGCCCCUCCCACUGGAUCCUGCUGAAGAGGGAGAGUGUUUGGAGGAAGAGUAGAUGUGAUCUCACCUCGAUUUUCGUGUUAAAAUGCUCCUCCUACUCGAGCUGGGUUUUGUACAUUUGCAUAGCUCUUUACAGUUUUUUGUGGCUUCCUUUCAGCUUUUGUACGAGACUAAAAGUUUGAGAGCUGGCACGAACACUGGCACUUAAUUUUUACUCAAUGAACUUAAUGUUCAUUGUAAACCACUGGUUUAAUUUUUAUCUUGGUUUGCUUGAGUUCCUCCUGUAUGUUGUGCAGCUUUUGUCUUUAAUCUUCUGCCUGCAUUGUGUUUGUGCAAGAAUUGCAUGAUCGUGGUUGUUCCGUUACUGCAAAGCAGAUCCUCGUUUUUUUAAUAAACUGAAGCCUUUUGAGCACA